ACAUCGGAACUACUUGGAGGGGGUAGUUUAAACAUGUGCAUAUAAAAGCAUAAUUGCUGUGUGCCUUUGGCUUAAUACGCGACAGGAACUUAAGCGUGAAGGUUCCUCCACCAAUCGAAAGCUAAAACAAAAUAAAAAAAACAAAUAAAAGAAAAUGAAAUAAAAUACGGGCAGCACAUAAACAAAUUUCGAAAGUGCAAAUUAAUAAAUAAUUUCCUGUUGCAGUCACACGUCUGCUUUUAGGGUAUUGAAAAGGUUCUUCCAGCAGCAGCAGACGGCAUUGUCUCGGCUUAGGCCCAAGGCGCUCUAAGCCGCUUCCCUGACGCCUUUUUGCUGACGUACUGUGCGUGCUUUUUCCUGGCCCAGCCAUGAAUGCCACCUCGCCCAAGUCGUCGCUGGUCAAACUGGGGCUGCAUACCAACAAACAAAAGACGCUAAAGGUCAUGGUGCUCGGCCAGAGCGGCGUCGGUAAAACGGCUAUGGUUGUGCGUUUUAUUACACGCCGUUUUAUUGGCGAAUAUGAUCCGAAUUUGGAGAAAAUCUAUACCUGCCAAACAACACUGGACAAAGAGUCGGUUCAGUUUGACAUACUGGAUGCCACCGGGCAGCUGCACGAACUAGAUGGCGUUACACUGGAGUCCAAUAUACGCUGGGCUGACGCAUUUAUACUCGUCUACUCCAUCACAGAUAAGUGCUCCUUUGACGAGUGCAGCCGGUUGAAGUUCCUCAUCAACUACAACAAGCGAAGACGCAAACUGGGCUCCGCCAGCAAGGAUUACGCACUGGACAUACCCGUCAUACUGGUGGGCAACAAGACGGAUCAGACGGGCGAUCGCAUGGUCAGCUUGGAGGAGGGACAACGUCGCUUUCGUGAGCUAUCCUGCGCUUGUUUCCAUGAGAUUUCUGUCAGAGAAAACGUCGACCAGGUACAAAACGUAUUCCGCGAUGUGUUCCGCUUCUGGCGUGUGUUUAGCAAAUUUCCAAAGCUCAAACGUUCCACCAGCGACGUGGCGCAUGCCGCCGAUGGCAUCCUAACGCCCGACUCUGGCUCCUGUUCCUUUUACGAUGCUUUGCCGCUGGGCGUGGCGCGACGCUCGUUCCUGGUGAUCGGCAGCGCAUGCCAAGAGGAGAGCGGCAGCGGCGAUCACACCGAGUCCACGGAUGACAUAGCCAGCAGCAGUUUGGGCAGCUCACGCAGCGAUAUCGAUGCACCCUUCCGGAAUCGCGCCUCCACCGAUGGCACACUGCUGUCCAGGCCCAGACGUUGGCGCUACCCGCCUCCAGGUUGUCUAUUGCCGCACACGAAUCGUGUCGAGCGACGCAUGAGCAUCUCGACAAGGGGCAGCAAUGCCAGCUACUGAACUGGUGGCCAUUUAGUUAGUCCAAAUGUUGCGCCAAAUAUAUUUAUAGCUAAAUGUUCAAAUACUUAAA